AUCUUGGCCGGAGGCUCGGAUUGAAUGAGCCCGCUGGUCCGCGGCCGCUGUCCCGAGCCGCGCGGGCCCCGAGCCGUCGGUGCCGUCGCCGCCGCCGCCAUGGCCACGCCGUUGCCCGGCCGCGCGGGCGGCCCCGCCACGCCGCUGUCGCCUACGCGCCUGUCGCGACUGCAGGAGAAGGAGGAGCUGCGCGAGCUCAAUGACCGACUGGCGCAUUACAUCGACCGCGUCCGCGCGCUCGAGCUGGAGAACGACCGGCUCCUGCUCAAGAUCUCCGAGAGGGAGGAGGUGACCACGCGCGAGGUGAGUGGCAUCAAGACAUUGUACGAGUCGGAGCUGGCUGACACCCGCAGACUGCUGGAUGAGACCGCCCGAGAGCGUGCCCAGCUACAGAUCGAAACAGGGAAACUGAAGGCUGCGGUGGAAGAGGCCAACAAAAGCUCCAAGAAGAGGGAGGGCGAGCUCACAGUGGCCCAUGGCCGUGUGAAGGACCUGGAGUCCCUGUUCCACCGGAGUGAGGCAGAGCUGGCUGCUGCCCUCAGUGACAAGCACAGCCUCGAGAGCGACGUGGCUGAGCUUCGGGCCCAGCUGGCCAAGGCAGAGGAUGGUCACUCAGUGGCCAAAAAACAGCUGGAGAAGGAGACGCUGAUGCGCGUGGACCUGGAGAACCGCUGCCAGAGCCUGCAGGAGGAGCUGGACUUCCGCAAGAGUGUCUUCGAGGAGGAGGUGCGGGAGACGCGGCGGCGGCACGAGCGGCGCCUGGUAGAGGUGGACAGCAGCCGGCAGCAGGAGUACGACUUCAAGAUGGCACAGGCACUGGAGGAGCUGCGCAGCCAGCACGACGAGCAAGUGCGUCUGUACCGCCUGGAGCUGGAGCAGACCUACCAGGCCAAGCUGGACAGCGCCAAGCUGAGCUCUGAGCAGAAUGACAAGGCCGCCAGCGCCGCCCGUGAGGAGCUGAAGGAGGCGCGCAUGCGGGUCGAAUCCCUCAGUUACCAGCUGUCUGGCUUGCAGAAGCAGGCAAAUGCAGCCGAGGAUCGGAUCCGCGAGCUGGAGGAGGCUAUGGCUGGGGAGCGUGACAAGUUCCGGAAGAUGCUGGACGCCAAGGAGCUGGAGAUGACAGAGAUGCGGGACGUGAUGCAGCAGCAGCUGGCCGAGUAUCAGGAGCUGCUGGAUGUCAAGCUGGCCCUGGACAUGGAGAUCAGCGCCUACCGCAAGCUGCUGGAGGGCGAAGAGGAGAGGCUGAAGCUGUCCCCUAGCCCGUCAUCGCGGGUCACCAUCUCGAGGGCCACUUCGAGCAGCAGCGGCAGCAGUAUGGCCACUGCAGGGCGCUCAGGCCGCAGCAAGCGGAGGCGGCUGGAGGCUGAGGAGCCGCCAGGCACAGGCUCCAGCAGCAUCGGCUCAGGUGGCGGCGGUGGCAGCUUCCACCGGGCCCAGCAGGCCUCGGCCUCCGGCAGCGUCAGCAUCGAGGAGGUCGAUCUGGAGGGCAGGUUUGUGCAGCUGAAGAACAGCUCCGAUAAGGACCAGUCUCUGGGGAACUGGAAGGUCAAGAGGCAGGUCCUGGAAGGGGAGGAGAUUGCCUACAAGUUCACGCCCAAGUACGUGCUGCGUGCUGGCCAGACCGUCACGGUGUGGGCAGCUGGUGCGGGGGUGGCCCCCAGCCCCCCCUCGACGCUCGUGUGGAAGAGCCAGAACAGCUGGAACACAGGCGAGAGCUUCCGGACUGUCCUGGUCAACGCCAGUGGGGAGGAAGUGGCUGUCAGAACAGUGAAGCAGUCCUCAGUGUCACGGGAGGCUGAGAACGGGGAGGAGGGAGAAGAAGAGGGAGCCGAGUUUGGCGAGGAGGACCUUUUCCAUCAGCAGGGGGACCCCAGGACCACCUCACGAGGCUGCCGCGUGAUGUGAACAGAAUGUGCCUCAUCACACAUCUUUACCCAGAGCCACUGAAAACUAUUUUUAUAUCA